AUGUCGUGGAAGGCCUCGGAGCGCCUGAUGGACACCAUCAGGCACUAUGCCAAUUUCCCGGCCACCGGAGUGAGUCUGCGACAGAUGGUACAAUUCGGCGAGAGGCCCUCUACCGGAACUCUAUUCCGCGCCUCCCAAUUCCUCGCCGAAGAGCUGCCAAUCCGGCUGGCGCAUCGAGUGCAGGAGCUGCACACCCUCCCAGAUGGGCUGAACGAGAUGCCGUCGGUCAAGAAGGUCGCCGACUGGUACGCGCAGUCGUUCGAGGAGAUCACCACUCUGCCACGACCCAACCUGCAGAAGGAGAUCAAAGAGAGACUCCUUCGGCCAUCGUCACACAACGGCCGAGGAGGUGCAGCCAUGCUGUCCGAGGCCAUACCUAAUCCCAGCAUAGAGGAAGGACAGUACUCAUCGCUGCAGAACGGCAACGGCAAGAAGCAGCAAGCCGCGAGGAGAUACUUCGCCAUGGUGGACGACACAGCCGACUGGCCGCCGGACCUACAAUCAUAUAACCACAGGUUCUCACAGACCUUGAAGACCAUCAAGAGGAGGCAUGACGGGGUCGUCACGACCAUGGCGCAGGGUAUCCUGGAGUAUAAACGGAAGAGGCAACGCAUGCAGAUCGACCACAACAUCCAAUCCUUCCUGGACCGCUUCUACAUGUCACGCAUAGGUAUCCGUAUGCUCAUCGGGCAGCACAUCGCCCUGACCGACCAGAGCCAUCACCGGGAUCCGACGUAUGUUGGUAUCAUCUGCACCAAGACAAACGUCCGGGAGUUGGCAGAGGAGGCCAUUGAGAACGCACGCUUUGUCUGCGAGGACCACUACGGACUAUUCGAAGCCCCCAAGAUCCAGCUCGUCUGCAACCCCAACCUUAACUUCAUGUACGUCCCGGGCCAUCUGUCGCACAUGCUCUUCGAGACCUUGAAGAACUCCCUGCGCGCUGUGGUCGAGAGACACGGCCAAGACAAGCAGGAGUUCCCGGUGACGAAAGUCAUCGUCGCUGAGGGCAGAGAGGACAUCACCAUCAAGAUCUCGGACGAAGGCGGCGGCAUCCCCCGAAGCGCCAUACCUCUGGUCUGGACGUAUAUGUACACUACAGUCGAUCGGACCCCGAACCUGGAUCCGGACUUUGACAAGAGUGACUUCAAAGCUCCCAUGGCUGGGUUCGGUUAUGGGUUACCCAUAUCGAGACUGUAUGCUCGCUACUUUGGUGGCGACUUGAAACUCAUCUCCAUGGAAGGUUAUGGCACGGAUGUCUACCUCCAUCUGAAUCGUCUCUCCAGCUCAUCGGAACCUCUGCAAUAG